AUGAUAGUUUUCAAGAACGCCAUCUGCACGCUCUUUUUCUGCAUAUCACUAAGCAAAGCCGUUAUAUUUAAACCGCAAAAUGAAUUUCAAGCUCUUUCUGGAGAAAGCGCCUCUUUCCCAGUGGAUCUUGGGCCGUGGUUCAACAACCGUGCUUUUGGCAUGAGUCCAAAUGAAUCUAAUUUCGAUGGCGAAGGAAAUUCGUAUCCAGCAGAGCAAAUACCUCCCGAAAGGUUCACCUAUGGAGGAUUCAACUAUCGAUUUUCAGGAUACAACGCAUCUGGAUUCGACAAUAUGCUUGUCAAUGGCCAAAAAAUCGAAAUUCCCCGAUCAAAAUACUUCAGCUUUCAGAUGCUCGCAGCUUCUGAGUCUGGGAUGGCUUCUGGCUCAGUCACCGCAGAAUAUGUUGACGGCAGCUCAACAACUGGGCCAUUCUUAGUCCCAGCCUGGUGGAACUGGCCAUAUCCAGCUGGAGGUGACUUGAUAUUUUCUGGCUAUCUGACAGAAAAUGAUACGAACUACAAUCGAUCCAAUAUUUUCCAGACUAUUAAUUGGCUGGACUCAUCCAAAGAGCUCGUUUCGUUAACCUUUCCAGAAAUUUCAACUGGCUCAUCUACCUCACCCGGGGGAGCAUCGAUCAACACUCAGCUUCACAUCUUCGCACUAUCACUGCUACCAGUUAUUGAGGAUAGCUUAUCGCCGGUCAGACUAGAGAUACAGUAUGCUCGCUCGACUCAGAAAUGGAUAGAGGGAACUGAGAAAGUUCAAAUCAUUGAGGCUGUCAUUAACAACGUCGGGAAUUCCUUCGUUAUGCGAAAUAACAAAGUUCGCGUCCAUGUAGAAUCCCCUGGCGUCAUUACUGUGACUGAGGGGGUCAUUCGACGACUAUGUCCCGGCGAUCAAGCUAUAGUGGAAAUUGGCGUCCAGAAUCGCGAAGGUAUCGAACCUGGAAGAUCUGGUCCAGCAUCCAUUAUAAUCGAGGGAGAUGAUAUCCCGACUACAAAGUACUCCUUCAUUGCAAAAUAUGGAAUUGGUCAAUACGAGGCUACCUAUGAGUCAAUCUACAGCCAUGAAGCACCAAGUUGGUACAAUAAUGCGAAGUAUGGCAUUUUCAUCCACUGGGGAAUCUACUCUGUCCCCGGUUGGGGCAAUUCGGGAUCCAAGGAGAAUUAUGCUGAAUGGUACUGGUGGUGGCUGGGCCAAGGUCCAGAUUACCCAACAGAUGUCUACGAUUACCAUUUAGAAAAAUACGGACCCAAUUUGGUUUAUGAUGACUUUAUCCAAAACUUCACAGUUGAUGCGUGGGAUCCGAAGGAAUGGGUUGAUUUAUUCGCUGAUGCUGGUGCCAAUUAUUUUGUUCAAGUCAGCAAGCAUCAUGAAGGAUAUGCCCUUUUUGAUCUUCCAGAGAAUGUGACAAAGAGAACUUCGGUUGCCCUGAAUCCGCAUCGGAAUCUCGUCCAAGGGCUGAUUGAACCAUCAGGAAAUGCGACGAAUCCAUUCACAAAUGAAACUUUACCAUAUACUGGAUAUGUCCCCGUGAAUGACUAUAUUAUUGACAAGAUCUUGCCAGAAAUGAAUACGCUAGCGGAUAUGGGUACUGAGAUCAUGUGGUGCGAUAUCGGCGGCCCAAAUCGCACUGUUGAAUUCGCAUCGGAGUGGUUCAAUCGCGCAGCCCAGGAAAACAAACAAGUGUUGAUGAACGCCCGUUGCGGCCUCCCGGGAGAUUUCGAUACUCCAGAAUAUGCGCGAUAUGACGGAGUGCAAGUUCGAAAAUGGGAAAGCAGCCUUGGAAUGGAUCCUUACAGUUACGGAUACAAUCGAGCUACUCCACUGGCCAGCUAUAUGAACGCCAGCGACAUUGUCACUGGCCUCAUAGAUAUCGUCAGUAAAAAUGGAAACUUCCUGCUAGACGUUGGACCCACUGCGGACGGGACAAUUAUAGACGUCGAGCAACAGCAUCUCCGUCAAGCUGGCUCAUGGAUCAAAAGUCACGCGGAAUCAAUUUUCAACACGACCUACUGGUUUGUAACUCCCGAAGAGGGAGACGAAAUUCGGUUUACUAUGUCGCAAGAUGCAUUUUACAUCCACACUCUUUCAAAACCAAACGCUACGCUUACCCUCUCCAGUCCGAUUCCUUGGGUGGAAGGAGAUCAAAUUACGGUCGUUGGGGGUAAGAUGGCCAGGGCAGUAGUACCAAGCAUGAAGUCCCAAAAUGGAUCCAUUGUAUUAUCUGUGAGCGCAGAGAUUGCGGCUGCUGAUCAUUUUGCCUGGGUCUUUAAAAUCUCAUAUUAA